AUGGCUAGGCACGAAGCCGUGGAGUGGGGGGAUCGCCAUCCUAGGUCAUACCACUACGGUGUCAAGAGGAAGUCUUGCGAGAGGGCCGUCUGGGAGCAGAGCCUCGCUGUUGAGAACCACGGCCUCAUGGGGUUCACCACGGGGCUUACUUUGCUAGACCUCACCAAGGCGUAUGAAAAAAAGUGGUUCGCUCCCUGCUCGUCCAAGCCGCGGCUUCUCAUCGCGAAGUACAGAGGACCUCGGGUCCUCAGUUUGUCUGGCGUCUGCUCGGACGUGGUGCACUCGUCGCAGACCAUCUUGGCAGGGUGCCCGUUCGCCACGACGCUGCUCAGGCUGUUUUUGCUGUCUCCCCUGGAUAAAGUGUGCGAGCAUUUCCCGCCCGCCGCCCCCUUCAAUGUGGUCGACGACAUUGCGCUUUUCAUGGGAGGGGCUGCCAAGGUGGCCCAGACUCGCCUUGGGAAUGCUACGGCCUACUUAUGUGGGCUGCUGGAGGGCCAACUGCUGGUUAUCUCGGAGUCGAAAGGCAAGGUUUUGCCCUCGUGUUCAUCGGCGGCCCGUGGGCUGGCCAAGCGUCUGAGCAAAUGGGAGUUCACUGCCCCUGCGGCCACCAGGAAUCUGGGAUGCGACUUUGGGAUGGGGCCCAAGGGUCGCAGGUCCAGGCCCGUCGUCGGGUCCCGUUGUCGCAAGAUCAAGGGCCGUCUCUCCAAGUUUCGCAGCCUCCGCAGCUCUUUCCAGGGGCUCAUGAAGGUCAUCAGAGGAGGGGCGCUCCCGCAGGGCAUGUGCGGGGCCGUGGUCAAAGGUCUGGACGAUAGGAUACUCAUGACCUUCUUCGGAGCCGUGUGGGUGGCUUUCCUACGCAAGCAGUGCUGCACGAAGAUCGCAGGGUUGUGGAUGUCAGGUGCCAGGUUUGCUUCGACGAGCCUGGGACACAGAUGCACCGUCUCUUCAGAUGCCCUGCGCACUGUGGGCUCAGACGGCACCUUCACUUGCAGGAGCUUCAAGAGAGAGCUGCGGAGCCAGGCGCUGAUCUACUUUUUCUCACGCGUGGACUGGCCGUGCCCCCCAGAGGCAAAGUGGCCACCGCCAGUCCAGCACGAGCAUGUGAAGUGGGACAAGGUUUCCACCACAGAAGGUGGAGCGGCCUUUGCUCCAGGCGGCGUGGCUGUCAUGCACCCCGUGCCCGUGGACGCAGCGCCCGGCAGUUUCGUGGCGUUCGCCGGCUCGGGCAACAGGCUGGGACACGGCGACGGCGGCAGGCCCCAGGUUUGCCGCGCCUCGUCGAGGGAGGCGCACGUGGUCCAGGUCGUCGGUGGGCGUCGUCCGGGGGAGCGCGGCUCGAGCACGCCGGCAGCGCCAGAGCAGAUCCUGCAGGAGCGCGUGAUGGAGGGGCCCAUGAGAUUACGCUGCGCGUUCGACUGGAGGGGUGUCCUGUGGAGGCAGUUGGUGAACGUCAGAGAGGCCGCCCUGCCUGCCGGGCGGCCCGUGUGCUGGUCGGAGCGCCGCGGGCGGAGCGGGGGCGGGGAGAGCCGGCUGCGCCAAGGCCGCGAGGGCGGCGCACGCGGCAGUGCCCCGGCGGCCGCGCGGGUGCGGCCCGAGCGCGGCGGCGGCCAGGGCGCCGAGGCGCUCGGGUGGACGCCGCGCGGCCCCUCGCCUCGCUGCCUGCCCUUCGCCGCCCGUCGCCGCCGCGCGACGUGCACGACAUGCCGGGCUGCCCUCGCCGCGGCCGCCGCGUUCACCGAGAGGCCGGCGACGCCUGCGACGACCGCGGCAGCGCCAGCGGGCGGCGAAGCGCGCGCAGCCGCCACGGAGAAGGCGCUGGGCGCCAUCGCCGACGUGUUCGAGCUGUACGGGGAGGCCUGCGAGGCAAGGCUGGACUUCUGGAAGAAGGCCAGCCGCUUCGCCGUCUCAGGCGAAGAUCGCGCAGUGGCCGAUGCUAAGGUGGCGGCUCUGGCUAAGCAGGUGCUGCAGUCGAAGUCCACCGUGCUGGGCCUCGGGCCGGAUGUCUACGGGGAUCGUCUGUCACGGGAGUGCCGCCGCGCACGUGGCACUGCCUCCGGCUGGCGGAGAUUCUGCGAGAUGACCGUGGGUGGAAGGAUGCCGACGAGGAGAUCACGUGGGACCCCCAGAUCCCGCCCAGGGAGCGCGCCCAGAUUUCGGUCCAGCUGGGGCCCGUGCCCCUGCGGCUGGAGCAGGUGGGCGCAGGAGAGUGGGUACUGGUGGAGGGCCUGCUGUACGCGGAGCUGGGGCGCCCGGUCGCUGCCGUGGUGGAGGCGGGCGACGUGCCUGCCUACCACGGGGUGCGGAGCUGCGGCCCCGGGCGCCGCUGCUCCCUCGUGCCACACGGGUCGCUGGCGGAGGGGUCGGCGAGGCUCGGCGAGGCCUACCUGGCCUUCGACGAUGCCUUGCCCCUCCGUGUGGACGAGGAGGCGGCCGCGAGGCAUCGGCGAGUGGGCGCCCACGUGGACUUGGCGUGCACCGUCACUUGCGAGGGCUGCUUCCACCAGAACGAGGUGCGGCUGUGGGAUCCUGUGCUAA